AUUACAUGGAUUCUCUCUAAUUGGAAAUAAUAAUACCUUUAUGUUUCAUUGCACUAUAUUACAUUUAUUACAAAAAGUUUAGAUUCUUUGUAAUAGAGGAGAAACCUAAGCAAAACAUAAUUAGACACAAAUAAAUAAGAGGAAAGUGUCCACCUUCAUAUCCAAAUGGAUGGUUUAGACUUUGCAGAAGUGCAGAAUUGAAGAUUGGGUAAUAAAUUUGAUAAACUAUAUAGAUAAGUAGAAGAAAUCAAAUUAGCUGGAAGACAUAUAGCUUACUAUAGAGGAACAGAUAAAGUUGUUUAUGCAGUUGCUGCUUAUUGUCCACAUAUGGGAGCUAAUUUAGGAAUUGGUGGAUAAGUUAAAUUCAAAUCUUGUAUCGAAUGUCCAUUCCAUGGAUGGGCAUUUGAUGGUAAAACUGGAUUAUGUGUUAAUUCUGAAAAAUUAGACCCUAAAAUUGUAUCAACUUAUUGUUACAAUAAUAUUGAAAAGAUGAAUCCUAAUUAAAAAGGAGAAUAUUUACAAAAAGUAGAAGAAGGAGAAAUCAAAAUAAAAACUUAUCUCAUUAGAGAAAUUAAAGGAAUGGUUUACAUUUGGUUACACUGUAAUGAAGAUAAGCCAUGGUAUGAACCUAUGGUGGAAAAAUGUGAUCAUUUACAAUUAAGAGGAGAAAGCAUUAAUUAUAUUAAUUGCCAUAUUUAAGAAUUUCCUGAAAAUGGUGCAGAUAUUCGACAUUUUGAUUAUAUCCAUGCAUCAGUUAGUGAUUUUAUACCUACAUGGCUUGUGAAAUUUAAGUGGAAUAUGAAAAGUAUGCCUGCAAAUGAACCAGAUUUUUAUAAAAAAAUGGAACAUCCUAAAGAAAAGAUAAGAAAUUAUUAAAAAUAAUUAUUUGAUCAUUAUUUAUCAAAUAAAGAAUUAAGACCUCGCAUGAAUGUUUUAUGUUUGGAUGGAUCUCUUAUGUUCUUUAACAGAUGGAAAAUCAAUGCAUUAUAUAUUACUGGAUUUUAAAUGGGACCUGCUACAAUAUAAUUAUAUAUUUUAUCCAGUUUAUUUGAAGUCUUUUAUAAGUAAGCCUUAUAACCUGUUGACAAAUUUAAUCAAAAAGUAUUCUUAACUUUGCACAUAAAUUCAUAUUUGCCAUAUUGGCUAAGUGCAUAUAUUUUAUCAGGAGGGUUAAGAUAAAUUAUUUCUGAUGUUAGUGUCUGGGAUAAUAAAAUUUUUGCUGAUAAAAGCUGCUAUAACUUAAAAGGAGACGCAGAUCCUGUAUUAAUGAGAUGGAGACAAUGGUAUUCUUAAUUUUAUGAGGGUUCAAGAGAAUUCGAAUAAAAGUUAGAUUCCUUAGAAUGGUGAUGCA